GGGCUCUUCUCAUCGAUCGCAAUCGCCGUCUAAUCUCGCCAAGGAAAGAACUCUUCAGCAGCUAAUCGACUCGUCAAGAUGCAAAUCUUUGUGAAGACCCUGACUGGCAAGACCAUCACCUUGGAGGUCGAGUCCUCGGACACGAUCGACAAUGUGAAGGCCAAGAUCCAAGACAAGGAGGGCAUCCCUCCGGACCAACAGCGCCUUAUCUUCGCUGGCAAGCAGCUUGAGGACGGCCGCACCCUUGCUGAUUACAACAUCCAGAAGGAGUCCACCCUGCACCUUGUCCUGCGUCUCCGCGGUGGUAUGCAGAUCUUUGUGAAGACCCUCACUGGCAAGACCAUCACCCUGGAGGUAGAGUCGUCUGACACCAUUGACAAUGUGAAGGCCAAGAUCCAGGAUAAGGAGGGCAUCCCUCCGGACCAGCAGCGCCUCAUCUUUGCCGGCAAGCAGCUUGAGGACGGCCGCACCCUUGCGGACUACAACAUCCAGAAGGAGUCCACCCUCCACCUCGUUCUCCGCCUGCGUGGUGGUCUGUGAGCUGUUGCUGUAGUGCAUGGUGUCAUCGUGUCAUGGUUAAAUUGGAGUUUCGGGUUAGCUAAAUAAGUACUUUAGGCCAUCGUUCUAGUAUGGCAAUAUGUGUAAGGCUGUGUGUGCCUUUUGGACAAGUAUUAUAUUUCAUAUAUCAAUGUUCGUUCUUAAUA